AUUUCAUGAUGGCGUUUGAACAUGAAUGGAAUCAGCGCAAGAGGAGGAAAUGUGUUGCCAAUAACGAUCUUUCGAAUAAGAAAUACAAGAAAAAGGCAGAAUCAAGAGAACUUACUCUUCAAGAUAUUUCUAGUCUUAGUGAUGAGAUUCACCAUCUAGAGGAGGAAAUAUUUAAAAGAGAUUCUUUAUGUGCAGAUACCUACACACUGGAAUCUCUGGCAAUGAUCGAAACAAAACUCUUGAAUGCUGACUUGCCUUCUUCAUCCAAAGAAAAUAACACUGAUGGAAAAGAAAAAGAAAUUGAUGUAAUAAACGAGAGGCUUCGUUCUUUGGAAAAGUUGACAGGUUUAAUAUUUAUUGAAAAUAGCACCGAGAUGCUUUCAAAGACAGAAGCCACAAUGGUUUUACUUCGGAGAAUGUUAGGAACUUGUCUUAGAAUUCCCUUUACAGUGGAAUUCGAAGUUAAAGAAGAGGAAAAUGUGAAUAGUCUGCUGAGCUCAAAAGGUAAAAUUGAGUCAAUCGUGCAUGUUGUGGUUAAAUUUUACCUUACAAUCGGUUCUAUUUUUGUGUUCAAAAAUGUAAAAUAACAGUUUGAGACAAAGGGAAUAUUCCACGUAGGAAAAAUUAAACCAAAAUUAUUUGUCCGUCGUAGGCAGUAUUCUUGGAAGACAUCAUAAACCUUAACUUGAUGAGGACACUGCAAGAUAAUAGUUUGAACCCUGAGCAGUAUGAUUUGUUGUGGUUCAAAGUCUUUUUGGUGUCUAAUUUUUUAAACCAGUUUGAUUUUUAUUUUCAUCUGUUUCCCUUUUUAAUAAUUGUCCAAAAGAUAAAGGAACAUUAAAAUCAAACUGAUUUGAAUAGUAAAUGGCUGAGAAAAGCUUUUGACCAUACUCAGGCAAUGACUGUACAAUUGAUGUUGGUCCUGAAAAGGAAGAACUCAGUCAAAGUUGAGGUUCUGUGAUAAAUAUUCUCAAAUUAUUUGUCCUCACUGUAUAAAUUUAGGAUUAAUACUAAUUUUGUUGGUCUUUGCUCCAUACUAUAGUUGUAAUUUUAGUAUCUUUUUUUAAUCCAAAGAUGCUGAGUGUAUAGAAGACAGGGUUGUUGAAUUAACCAGACUCCAAGUUAGUGUCACAGAUCAUCUAGCAGAACAGGAACUUGCUCAAUUUCUUGAAAAAGUGCAAGAGGACAAGUCUUUGCAGCCAUUUUUUUUUGGACUUAUUCAGUAUGCUGAAGGGCAUAGCAAUAGGCAAAGGACAUUUGGUCAUUUUAAAAUGAAGUACCCUGAAAUUGUCCACUUGACAAAUACAUCCACUGCAAGUCAGUUUAUGAAAUUGUACAACAGGAACAAACCUGGACUUGUUUUUACAAUAUGCUGGAGACUUGUUAUUGGUGAAUCUGGACAUGUCACAUCAGAUAUUCAGAUCCAUGCCUCAGCACCAAUGAAACACACUGACCAAAGGGACAAAUAUUCUUUGCUUAGAAGUGUUCCAAAACAGUUUCACAAAGUGAUGCCUAUUAUUGGAAUAGAACAGGCCAUCGAACUUGUGGUUGGAUUGGUGUGUGGAUAGCGAUAAUUUAUUAGUUGUAUAUUAUACUGAAUUUCUCUGAGUUUGUUCUUUUAGAGAGCUGAGAAAGUCUUUUCAUCUUAUAACUGUAUUUCUAUCUCGUAAAAUAGGUUGUCACAUAGAAAAAUUCCAGCAGCUUCAAAUAUCCAGCAUCAGUUAUAGGGAGACUAAUUCUUAAGAACAUAGAGGCAUUGUAGCUAAUGUUUGGGGUCAGUGGUAAAGGUUCUAUCUGUAAGAAUCUCUUUUUGAGAUACAGUUGAACAUCUCCUAGCACACAAUUUUGGAUGACAGACUCCUGUUGGUAGAAACUUAGUUCUGGCCUAUAUAACUCUUGCAUCUUACUGGUGCAAAACCUCCAGGGGAUAGAGAGGGUCUGCUUUCUGGAGGUUUGGUGGUAGUGAACUUGGCAACAAAAACCAGCAAACAAAAGUAACUUUUAACAAGUGAACAUUUACUUUGAACAAUAAUUCAACAAUUUGAGAGGGGAAAAUAAACAGAUCAAUUAAUUUUUACACUUUAAAGAAGCUAACUCUGAAUUACUGAACAAAGUGUAGAAGGUUACAGUCUGAUAAUUAUUCAGAGAAUAAUUUAUGUUUUUUUAGGAAUGAAUUAUUCCCAGUGUUAUUAUUUAAUGCAUACAUUGUAUCUGGUUGGUUUUUUACCACAAAGGAGAGUACAGAAUUUGCCAUGGCAAUAAUUUUAUUAGUGGUAUCAAUCUUUCUCAUUAAAUUCUCAGACUUAUUAAUUAAUAGAACCUGCGGUAGAGAUGAAUCAUGCUUUUAACAUCAUGUCUGUAUUUAAAUAUAUAUUAUGCUCUGUGUAGAUAUCUUGAAGCAGUGAAACCCAGACAUUAGUAAUUUGCAUCACUUGUCUCACAUCAUGGAGUAUAUUUAAUAUAUUAAUUUGAAAUAUCUGAUUCACUGUUUAAUUGUAUUGCCC